UCCCUCUCACCGUGCCCUCUCACCGGCCGUCGCGCGGGCUGUCCUCUCAUUGGCGGACCGUUCGGACGGCGGUGCUGUCACCUCCUCGCGGCGCUGCUGCCCGGCUCCCUGCGCGCGAUUCUCGACAAGUUUGAACUUGUCGAGCUCUGUUGGCGAGCGUCCCCCGACGAGUCCGGACAUGUCGCGCUCCGACGCUCCCCGCCCCGUCCCCGUCAACACCGGCAGUGCGCUCAGACCGUUGUGGUGUCGUCAGUGUCGCGAGGACCUUCCCCGCUCCCGGUCGUCUGCUCGCUGCAUCUGUCGGUAUUAUGGCCCUCCCCCGCCUGGUCUGCCUUCUGGGCGCUCUGACCCUGCUGUCGCCCGGGUGCCUCAGCGAAUCCCCUUCAUCUACCUGUACGACUGCCGAUGUGUGGAGUGCUGUCCUCCGCGACUAUCUGUUCCUGUCGGAGAGCGGCAUUGAUCAGCGUGUGAGCGAAUGGAUGUCAUUCUGUGAUCGGCUUCCGGAGGGCACUAACCUGAGUGACACUUCCGGCCUCCUGGCUCUUUGGCGCGAGCACUCUGCGAUGUUGCCCCUGUCGGACUGCUCCUGCUAUGCAGCGGCCAGUAGUUCGUUAGAAGGCGACGAGAGCGUACCGCCCUCACUGUUCGUGGACUACCCGGUUCUCGGCGUCAUCCUGGCCGUGUUGGUGUACCUAUUGCGCCUCUACCAUGUCCGCGGAUCUGAGUCCGCUACCUUCUACGUGUCGGCGUUCGACCACCACCUUCAUCAACCCGGCGACGAUCGCCAUCGUGGGGCCGAGCUGCUGCGGCAAGACCACCCUGGCGCUGCGGAUGCUGGAGCAUGAGCGGGAAAUGUUUUCGUCCCCGUUUGAGCAUUAUUUCUGGUGCCUUCCGAAUGGGAGUGAACCGCCGAAAGAAAUCGCCAACCGGCCCGACUUCCAAAUUCACUAUGGCGUUCCCGAUGGGGCGACCCUACCCAUGCAUAGUAUCGUGUUUCUGGACGACCUACAGACCGAGCAGGGCAUUCUGACGCAGCUGCUUUAUACCGUUCACAGCCACCACAGAGCCUUAACGGUGGUCAGUCUGAACCAUAACCUGUUUCCUCGCAACCGCUACCAGCGCGAUCUGUCUCAGAGCACAAAGUACAUCAUCGCCUGCAACAACCCCCGCGACGCGGCCUCGUUCUUCCGCCUGGCUCUUCAGUUGGAGCCGAGACGUGCUCGGAGCCUGUACGAGUGCUACCUGGACGCGUGCAAGGAACCCUUCGGCUACCUGCUGUGCGAUCUGACUCAGCAGGCCCAUCCCGCGCUUCGUUACCGCACUCGUCUGUUCCCCUCCGACGGCGGUGUGUGCGUGUACAGCUCCGACGAAGACGUGCAGCGUUUGCUUCGUGAAAAUGACGGAUAUGAGCGAUUCUGUGAAGACAAACAUGCCCCUCAUGCAAGUAUUGGUGAAAGCCAACAGGGCUCGGAGGAAGCAACUGAUGAAGGGGUUGAACAAGUCCGAGGUGGACUGCCUAUGCGAGCUCGUUCUGAAUGCGGUGGCUGGUCCCGGUAAGGAGCAUCUCAGCCCGUCGUGCGUCCGUCACUGCCAGCGGCACAAGCGGCGUAUUCGCACUUUGGCGUUCAACCAUCGGCUCUCGUGGAAGAAGCGGCGAGACCUCCUGACCAACCAGUCUGGGGCCGGCUGGUUCAUCCCCCUCCUCUCCGCAGUCGUGUCCGGUCUGUUGUCGAGAUGAGUCACGCUCUCAGCAAACGCAUCAUUCUGUCCCCGCUCCAGCUCCAGCGGCUUCUCGGCCGCGAUCGUGAGCUGACGAGUCGCACGGAUGCGGCCCGCAUGGACGCCCUCGCCAAUGCCACCCGGGCGGCCUCGAAGAUUGGUGCCGCUCAAGCCUACGCUCAGUACCGCGCGACGCAGCAGAGGCACCUGAAUCAGGCGGCUCAGGAGCGCGAGGCUCCGCUAGAGCUCGUCGUAUCGGAUCCCGCCCCGCCCUCUGGCCAGUUCGUGGAGAACGAUCUCAUCAACUUCCUGGAAGACGACCUCCCCCCUCCUCCUCCGAAGCCGAAAUCCCCCAAGGCUCCGAAGACGCCGAAGACUCCGAAGACCCCGACGUCCGUGACGAAGCCGAGGCAGGCUCCGUCUCUGAAAACGUCGCGGCAGUGGAGAACGGCCCAUUCUCGCCUCCAGCGUCAACAGGGGUUCGAUGAGGAGGGCGAGCCCGUAGCCGGUCCCUCCUCGACGCCCAAGCGCACGCCCAAGCGCGCCCGCCUUGUCGUCGGCUCGAAAGCCAAGCCUCCUGCGUGGUCCCCGAUUCGGACUCGCGCCCGCUCUAAGAACCAAGCCUCGCCAUGGCUCCGGUACGGAAAGAGCCCCAAGCCGUAGUGCCCCAACACCUGGCUCGCCGCAUCCUGGACCGCAUGUGGACGUCCCCGGGCACCUCCUACGCGGCCUUUGCUGGGCAGCAUCUUCUUCGCCGUGCCGCCGCUGAGCCUAGCUCGAGGAAGACCAAGUUGGAGCCCGAAGACGUCCGACGCUACCUCACCCAGGAGCCUGCCUAUACCCAGCACGCGCCCCGCCGCGAGAGGUUUACGAAGCCGUUCUAUAAUAUGGUCAAGCUGUGGCAUCUGGUGGAGACCGAUCUCCUGGAGACGGGGCGCGUGGCCAACUUUAAUGAUGGAGUUCGUUAUUUACUGCUUGCUAUAGAGUGCACCUCACGUAAACUGUAUGUCAAACCGUUAAAGAAUAAAGAAGGGAAGACGUGCGCUGAGGCGUUCAGAGAAUUGUUGGAGAAUGAGUUCCCCAAAUACCCCGAUAUCGUGCGUUCCGACCGCGGGUCCGAGUACAAAGACAAGGGGUUCCAGAAAAUGUUGAAAGACCGCGGCAUUCGCCAUCUGUUUGCCAGCAACACGGAGAAAGCAGCGAUCUGUGAGCGGGCAGGGCAGACGCUUCAACGUCGCCUCCACCGUUACAUGACCCACAACAACACGUACUCCUUCCUCCCCGUGCUUCAAGAUAUGGUCAAGAGCAUCAACGACACGCCCCACAGCACCACCCUGGUGGCUCCGAACAAGUUCUCCGAGUCUGACGUGUACCCAGCCUGGGAGCGGAAUUAUCUGCGCCAUAUGCCCCACAUCCCGGACCCGCGUCCGUACCGCUUCGAGGUCGGCGAUCCGGUCCGAGUAUCUCUGCUCCGUCGGAGCAUGGACAAAGCCUACCGGGGCACGUUUUCCCCUCAAGUAUUUACGGUGAAAGCGCGGAGGAAGACGCGUCCGCACACCUACGAGUUGCGCAAUGCUGCGGGCGAGCCCGUCGAUGGUCUGUUUUUCGAGCAGGAGCUUAUCUUGGCCAAGGACCGCCCCGACCGCCGUUACAUGAUUGAGAAAGAACACGAUCGCCGGGUCAAUCCUCAAACGAAGAAAAAGGAGGUGCAGGUCUCCUGGGUUGGGUGGCCGCCCUCAGUUCGCGAUUGGAUCCCGGCGACGGCGCAAGUGACGACCGGCAAAGCGGUGCCGCCGCCUCCGCAACAUGGCAAGCGUGGACUAUAGCGGCGGCGUGCUGCCUUUGCCCGAUAGCCUGUACCUCCCCCUGAUCUCUGACAGUUCGGGCGAUGUGUUUCCGACGAACACGCUGACUCAUUUCCGCGUGCAGCUCGAGUCCCCUCUCUACCUCGGUGAUGGCGACUGGGUAUGCGGCCUGGCGGAAAUCAUCUGGCCUCCCAUGGAGGAGCCCCCAAAGAAGCGAAGGCGUCGAGAUGUCGCAUUCUCCCGCCCCUCCGCUGCCGGCCCGCCCUCGUCGAGGGGGCGAGUCUCCCUCAGGACGGUCAGUCCCGAGUCCCGGCGCACGAUCCCCGUCAAGCCGUCGCUAGGGGGACUCUUUGCUGCCGCCCCGCCUCGCCCGGAUGGUGUGCCUGUGUUGGCGGUGCGCCCGAAUUACGGACCGCGAUCGCCUCACGCCAGUCCCACGCGUUCGCCCGACGCCGGCGCUCCCUCGUUCGGUCCCUUCGAUGCUCCCGCACC